ACUAACUAAGAUUGUGGUUUUUAGCAUUUGGAUAUAUCGUUGGAGAAAUUUUUGAAGCAAAAAAAUGGUGCAUAAGACGGUUUUGAAGGUGGAUCUUUCUUGUGACAAGUGCAAAAAAGAGCUCUUUGGGAUUGUGUCCAAGUUAGAAGGUGUGAAUAAAAUUGAAGCAGAUUCAGAGAAAGGAACAAUAGCGGUGAUAGGGGAUGCUGAUCCGUAUAAUAUCGUUACGUGCAUAAGGAAAGCAGGAAAAAAAGCCCAUAUUGUAACAAUUGGGCCGCCCCCUAAGCCCGAAGAGAAAAAGCCUGAAGAGAAGUGUAAAGAGCUUGCAAAGUUGUGCACAUGCUUGUAUCCGGCCCAUUGUUGGGGUUGUAGGACCAUACCUAUCAUGACUAUGGAAUAUGAAGAUCCAACUCCACCUUGCUCCAUUAUGUGACUCUUGUUCAUUCUC